AUGUCUCGUCAGCAGGCGAAGGCUCCAGAGCCAAUUCGUAUGAACACUGAGCUAUUUACCCUCACGUAUGGUUCUCUGGUGGCUCAAAUUGUGAAAGAUUUUGAAUCAGAUGACGCAAUAAAUGAACAGUUGGAUAAUAUUGGUUUCAAUAUUGGCCAGAGGUUGGCCGAAGACUUUGUCGCUAAGGUCAACUCGGGUAGAUGCUCGGAUUUUAAGGAAACUGCAAAUCAGCUGGUUACCGGUUUCAGACACUUCCUCGGAGUCUCACCUGCCGUAAGCAAGUUUAGUCCUGCUGGAGAUGAAUUUUCGCUCACUCUGGAUUCGAACCCUCUUACUGAAUUCGUCGAUUUACCUGCUGAUCAUCCGAAGCUUUUGUAUUGCAACGUUCUUGCUGGUGCCAUUCGCGGUGCUUUGCAUAGCGUGCAAUUAGAAGUUGAUGCAAGAAUUGUUCUCGAUCAACUUCGUGGGGAUAAAAAGACUGAAAUCCGCGUUAAAUUUAUUCGUCGGAUUAAGGAAAUGUCCUCCUCCACGAAUCCAUCUUCUGUUGGAACGAAUAUAUCGGAGGCUUGGCUAAUCAAAGCAUUGCGACUUCUGCAUUCGCAGAAACCGGAGGAUACUGCACGUUUGCGCAAGCUAUACAAAGACUCAUGCGAAAAUGAGUCUGCCGUUGCUCGCAUAACUCUUGCGGAGGCCCUUCGGGUGGACCCUUCAGGGCCUAAGGAGGAGAACAGUCCCGGUAGCGAGCGUGGAGUUGCGCGCCAGCGCAUUUCGGCUCAAGGUCCUUUUUUGGCAUCAGAAUCAUCCCAAAGUGAUAGUGGAGGUUCCAAAUCAUCUAAGUUGAUUAACUUCUUCGAUUUGACAACUACUACAUCCACUCAUGUUUCAACAGUUUCAUCGAAAAACCGCAGCCCUCCAAGCACCACAAAUGUACCCAUAAUUCCGGUAGUGAUGUGUCAAGGCAAGACUAUAAUCACGGAGCAGUCUUCAACAGUCGUCAUGCCGAAUUCGGGACUCAUUGGAGGAAAUGGAAACGGAGGUGAAGCCAAUUCGCCACCUGUCGGCAUGGAAGCUAUGGAAGACCUUGUUGCAGAUCUCAUGUGCUGUGUGUGUGGUCGCAUGACUGCGGCUGCGGAUCCUGAUGCCAAUGAGGCUUUUCCCUCUCCCAUUGAAAGUCCUGUCACUAAUAACGUGCUUGUGGAGUGCACGCGGUGUCGUAGCCUCUACCAUCAACUGUGUCACUCGCCGCCUCUCAUCACUGCUCGAGUGCCAUCUGGUUGGCUGUGCUCUAGAUGCUCUGAUUCUUCCUACCUCUCCAAACGACGCUCAUCUACUUCGCCCUCUUCUGAUCCCGCUUCCGGCUAUAAGAAAUCCAAAGGCUGA